AUGUCUAGUCUCGGUGUUGGUGGCAUUAGCUAUGGUGGAGGCGCUGGAGGUAUUCUCCUAGCUGCUGGCUACAGCGAAGAUAUCAAAUUCUACGAUACGUUCACCGGGGAGAUGCUGAAGACUAUCGGAGGCCCGGGCUCGAGAGUGCCAG